AUGUCAACCAACCAUACCUUUGUCCCGUCGUACGACACCUGCGAUGAGGUGAGCGACCGGUGUCCAGUCGAGCUGACGGUCUACGGAACCUACCUGUCAAAGCCCGCUGCGACAUUUUUCGGUAUCGCCUUUGGCGCUUGUUUUAUAUUUCAGCUUUACUUUGGAAUGCGGUCGCGGACGUGGUCUUUCAUCAUUUGGCUCGGCAUCGGCACCAUCUUCGAGGUCCUGGGGUACCUGGGACGAGUGAAGCUUGCGGACAAUCCUUGGGAGCUGAACUCCUUCGCCCAGCAGUACCUCACGCUACUCUUAGCACCCACCCUGGUCGCAGCCGCCAUUUCUGUCACGUUCAAGCACAUUGUCAUCUGGUACGGCGCGCGGUGGUCCGUCCUCCGGCCGUCGCUGUACCCGUGGGUGUUUGUCGGUACGGACUUUCUCUCCAUCGUCAUCCAGGUGGGCGGAGGCGCCAUCACGGCGGCCAAGGCGUCUGGCUCGAGCGACGAGACGAUGGCGGCGAUCGGGGAGAAGCUCAUCAUCGGCGGCGUGGCUUUUCAGGUGGCCAACAUGGUCUGCUGCGGACUGCUAAUGAUGAUUUACAUGGCGAGACGCCGGUCGGCGCUCGCAUCCGGCUGGCAGCCCAGCGACGAGGCCCAUCUCAUGGAGCGCAACGCCCAGCCCAUGUCCCGGGAGGCGGCAUCUGAAGCAGAAGCGAAGCGUGUGCGCACGUUUGUGUAUGCUCUCGCGGUGGCAUACAUUGCGAUCAUAAUCCGCUGCGCGUAUCGUAUCGCGGAGAAUAUUCCUGCCAUUACUAUGGACGUGUUGCGCAACGAGCCGUUGUUUCUGGGCCUCGACGGCGCGAUGAUGCUCAUUGCUAUUGGCGCCAUCACCGUUUUCCACCCAUAUGUGUACUUCCCUUUUCUCAAGGAGUCGAAGCAUCUGAAGAAGAAAAGCAAGCAGCAAGGAGACUACCAGAUGCGUGGCAUGUCUUGA